AUAAUAUCUCUCUCAUAAUAACGUGUCCGUGAGCAAUUCUCAUGUUUACUAAUCAGAAAAAUAACACACGUUCUAUUGCAACCAAGUAAUAGCAAAGCAAUUUUGUACCAACCAAAAAAUGUCUGCCACUACAGAUAAUCAGCUCACAAUCAAAGAAAAGUUGCUUCCCCUAGUAAAACAAUUUUUGAAAGAUGCUCUUGAAGGCUGUACCGUUGAGAUGUCUUGCGCAACAAAACCAGGUCAGAACUGGUUGGGAUUAGUUCAAAAUUUAAAAGUUCAGGGCGAUGGGAAAGCGGAAAUAAACCUAGUUGCAAAACUGGCACCGUACCAGCGGGCCUAUCGGAAUAUGCUUCCAAUUAGGAACAUUUACGAACGCGAAGUGUUUUUUUACGAGAAAGUCGUUCCCGAAUUUCUGAAGUUACAGGAGAAGAAAGCAUUAUCAAGUGGUCUCGGGCCCUUUAUAAAGGUCCACCUAACAUCGCUGGAGAUGUUUCGCGAGGCUCUGAUAAUGGAGAACAUGAAACUGAAAGGUUUUCGGGAUAGGGACUAUCGUAUCGACGUAGAUUACGCACACGCUUCCUUAGUGAUGAAGGAAAUGGGAAAGCUCCACGCUUUAUCAUUUGCAAUUAAAGAUCAAACACCAGACGUGUAUCGAUACAUUGAAGAAAAUCUUCGAGAGUCAUUUUUUAACAGUAAUUCGUUCAACCGCAUGGUGUCAAUGGUACAAAUCUCUGUAGAAGUAAUUAGUAAGGACUACGAAUCUACGCAUGAUAGAGCUCUUUGCCUAAAAUUGAGAACUAGUUUUGAAAAGGUACCCGACUUCCUCAAAAGUUUACAGAAUUCUCGAAUCUUCGGUCGAUACUCGGCGAUUACCCACGGCGAUCUUCAGAUACGAAAUGUCAUGUUUAAGUAUGAGAACCCUUCGCAAGUGGACGUCCCGACUGAAGUCUGCAUAAUCGAUUGGCAAACUGCCUGUAUUGGCUCAAUUGCAUUCGACAUUGCGUACUUCAUGUUUUUGUGCACGAGUGGCAGCUUUAGAAAACUGCACUACACGAAUCUCCUACGCGACUACUACCAAAGCCUCACGUCUCUACUUAUCGGGCUUGGGAGUGAUCCCGAAGCCUUAAUACCAUAUUCGGCUGUAUUAAGUGAGUUAAGACAAUUUGCAAAGUUAGCCCUUUACAAAAUGGUGUGGAUUGCCUCCUUAAACAUGAUCAAGGCGCAGGAUAUUCCUGAUAUUUUUAAUCUGGACGAGGAACAAAUCGAAAAGCAUCUAUCUAGUGUUCCAAAUGAAGCUUACGUUAAGAAAAUUCGAGACAUUAUUUCAGACUUUGUAGAAUAUGGCUACGACUUUUAAUAUGAUCAGGAUACAAGUGGUAUAAGUGACACAAAUAUAAAAUACUGCAAAUGGACGCCAUGUUGCUUGUACCCGGAGAUCUGCAAGAGCUAUGUAGCAAAAGCAAUAAAUCGCAGUUUUUAUUCA